CCCAAAUUUCGCUCCAUCUUGGGAACUUUGCAUCACCAAACACCAAGUAACGACACCGCACAACGUCGUCAAGAUGGUCAACAUUCCCAAGACCCGCAACACCUACUGCAAGGGCAAGGAGUGCCGCAAGCACACCCAGCACAAGGUGACGCAGUACAAGGCUGGCAAGGCCUCCCUGUUCGCCCAGGGUAAGCGUCGUUACGACCGGAAGCAGUCGGGUUAUGGUGGUCAGACCAAGCCCGUCUUCCACAAGAAGGCCAAGACGACCAAGAAGGUCGUCCUGCGGUUGGAGUGCGUCAAGUGCAAGACCAAGUGCCAGCUGGCGUUGAAGCGAUGCAAGCACUUUGAGCUGGGUGGCGACAAGAAGACGAAGGGUGCGGCUCUGGUGUUCUAAGUGCAUUGUUUUUGGGUCACUCCAUUUCUCGUGCUUCUCCUCGCGGCAUUUGGGCAUCAUGGACACUGGCGAAGGGGGAUACCAAGUCCUCGAUUGGGGAUGGGUUCAUAGGGAAUGAAUAAAACGGUUCUCUGUGGUCACGCAAUACGACGAGUACGCGUGCGGCGACUUGACAACUCGACCCGCAGUCAGUGCGGCCACCCAGGCGAAAAGGUCACUUUUGGAGAGGCAGAGGGCGAGCACUCUGGACGGUGAAUGUGAAACUGGGUUAGUGCAGCUGGUCGAAAUGAAAACAUCGCUGAGAUGCGGCUCGGUUACGCAUGGGCAUACUGUGUCUAUUCAAAGCCCAGUGGACUAUAUCAGCCCGUCUAGAAUCCUUCGCCCAUCAUAAUGGUUCUACCACCCCCAUACCACAGGGUGC